AUGCUUUCCCAGAGUUCAAUUCCUGAAGUAAAGGAAGAAGUCGUUGGCUAUGCUCUCGAGGAGCGUAAAUCCAAAUUAUCACAGUUUUUGGAUCUUGGUCCACCAGACAUGAUUACCCUAAUAAAAUACCUGCCCUCCUCGAGUAAUCCUGGUUCUGCUCAACUAAAUGGACCUACUCAUACUGCAUCAACUGCAUCCCCUGGCGCUGCUACAGAAUCCUCAGUAGCUUCCAUUCAAACGGUAGCUAAUGAUCCAUCAACCUUAGUGACUGAAUUACACUCUCAUGAUAAAUUGAAGGGCGAAAUUGGUACUUAUUUUUAUUCUUUGGGAGUGGACACUUCGGACCCAACCGCCAUUACCAUUUUCCUAAAGAAAAUUGCUGAUUUAUUCGCAGAUCAUCCUCAAAUUUGGUUUAGUAAAAAGAAACACUUUCAUGUUGCAAGAAUAUCCUUAUCUACCUGGAAUACAUUUAGAAAAUGUGACGUCAACGUCAUGGUACAUAUACCUGGAACAGUGCAAACGUUUGUAUUGGAUUUCAAUGGUGAACAAUUACAAAGCGAGAACACUGAUGAUAUGGACCUAAUUUGGGCGGAAACGUUUAUUAGUGGUGUUGUUCGUUCUAUCAUGCUAAUGAAGGAUAGUUCUGAAGAUGGUGAAAUACAAAACUUGGUGGAGACAUUAAUUAUCAACCCCUUGACAUCAGGCCAAAUUGGUAACACCACUGACACAUUUAUUCGUUUAUUCCCAUUAGUGUAUGAAAGAGGCUCCUUAUUGGGUGCGCCAUGCUAUGUGUCAAAUGUAACUAAUACUAAUAAUUACUUGGUGGAGACAUUAUGUACUAUUGUCAAGCUAACGAAUAGUAUUGACAAGUGUCGUGAAAUGCUAGAAGCAUUGGUAGAACAUUAUCCUGAAGCAACAGUGAUUUUAGCUCGAGUAUUAUUUGAAAAUGAUUUUGAAGUGGAUGCUAUCAAAUUGAUCCAUAACACUUUAAAUGAUGAAACCGAAACUAACCAUUCUAGACAACAAGUACUUAAUUACACAUCUGAACUAUUAUGUGUACAAGUCGACUUUUUAUUGGAUACUAAGAUGGAUUACAAGCUAGCUCAACAGGUGGCUCAAAAGGCGGUGAAUUGCUCACCUAACGAAUUCAGACCUUGGUAUCUUUUAACAAAAGCAUAUAUUAGAUUGAAAGACAUUGAGAAUGCCCUACUAAGUUUAAAUGCAUGUCCGAUGUCGCCUUUGAAGGAGAAAUAUAUACUUAAAAGGGUGGUUCCAUUUCCAUCAGAUGAUUGUUUACAUUUGCCGUUACCUGUGGACGCUGUGCUUGAUGAGGUAACAUCAUUAAAUUCUCAAGAUGUACAGAAUGAACACAAAUCAGCAGAACCUAGUUUGGUCAAUCUUUCUGCCUCCAAUUUAAAAUCGACCUUCCAAAUAGCAUAUAAAUUAUUAACUGAACUAGUACAAUUGACAGGAUGGGAAGCUUUAUUGAAAAUAAGAACUAAAAUGUUUGUCAUGGAAGAUGAAUAUCAAGGUUCAGUAGAAGCCAAUAUUGACAAACAAUCUAGUAAUGAUGGUUUAAGUAGUAGACAGAGCAGUGGUCCAUUACGUACCAAGAGACUUUGUGAAAGAUGGUUAGAUAAUCUUUUCAUGUUAUUAUACGAAGAUUUAAAGACGUACACUUUAUGGCAAUCAGAGCAACUUUAUUUUGAUUCUCAGAAUAGUAAAUAUAAUAAAUUAACUAUUGAGUGGGAAUUAUUUGGACUAUGUGCUCGUCGUUUGGGCCACUAUCCAGAAGCAGCAAAGGCAUUCCAAAAUGGUCUGCAACAAAGAUUUUCACCGCAAUCCGCCAGGAAAUUAUUAGAAUACUGUAUCAAGGAACGUCAACAUAUUAGGUCAAUAUCAAAUUUACCAAAAUGUGAUAUGACUUCUUCCCAAAUUGUCUCGCGUAUUGCUGAACUAGACCAUACAAUAAUUGAUCUCUGUGUUAAGAUUUGUUGUUGGAAUCAUCGUUGGUAUAUUGAGUUCUCAUUGGCGUUGCUUGAUUCAUUAAGUGCUGUGGUAUUUGAUAUGGGGUUGACGAAAUUAUCUAAUGAAAUAUCAGUUAUGUUUUCAGAAUCAGUGUUUCAACUUGUAAAGGACAAUAUGCUAGACUUUUUUGAAAGAUACACUAAUAAAUAUUAUGAUUCAUGA